AUGAUCGCGGCAGCACGUGCGGCGCUGCUGAAAUCUCCGCAGCAACUGACGUUACGACAAAGUGUGGCGUUACAAGGGCGAGCAACGCCAACGUGGUUUUGCGAAACCGCUACGGCGGCCGCGGCCGAAACGCUGUCUGUGCGAUUGCGCUUUUGCGACGCCGUUGACGUUCGUUCUUCGCACCCGUCACUCGAUGCUGUGCCGAUGCGCGUGGCCGCCGACGAGUUGCCGAAAUCAAACUCGUGCGGCCGGACAGGCCGCCGGCCCGAAAGCAAAGGUCUCGGUGGGCGGGGGCCUGGUGGCCGUUGCCAGUUACGACGCCUGCCGCGCGGACGCCGGGCGUCUGGUCGUGGAGAUCAACCCAAACAGGGAUGGGUUCACGAGGACGACUGGACGUCCGGCGAGUGCGGGCCGCCAAGUGCCCGUUCUGCUGCGUCACCAUGGAAGCUGUGCCGGGCGACGUCCGGAGGUCGAGCGGUUGCGCGAAAUCGACGACUCGGCGGCCGGACAGGCCGCCGGGCCGAAAGCACAAGGUCUCAGGUGGGCGGGGCCUGGUGGCCGUUGCCAUACUACGACGCCCGCCGGCGAGCCGGCGUCUGGUGCGGAGAUCAAACCCAAACAGGAUGGGUUCACGAGGACGACUGCACGUCCGGCGGAGUGCGGGCCGCCAAGUGCCCGUUCUGCGCGCACCAAUACUUGAAGCUGUGCCGGGGCGACGUCCGGAGGUCGAGCGGGUACUGUCCGUUAGACAUGUUCUCGGGCCGCCGCGAACGGGUCCGGCGGGCCAUCCGCGCGCUGCUCCGGGACCCGCAGACAAUGAAAAUUUUCCUGGACGGCGACCCGGUGGCCGCGCACGACGGUUUCGAGGCGCUGCGAUCGAGGCGGUCUGCCGCGGUUUUGCUGCUGGUCGCGGGCGCUCUGCUCGGCGAUUUCGAGGACGGCGGACGCGACGAUCCGGCCGCGGACGGUGGCCAGGAGGACCGCGGCGCCGGUACGUGCGACUUCCGCGCGGUUCCGAUGCCCCGGCACUGCGUGCUGCACGAGAUCCUGACGAUGCAGCGGAUGCAAACGGCCGGUUUCGCGGCCGUGCUCGAGUACGACGGACUGCGGGCGUCGCGGCGUCCGCAUCAGUUCGGCCACGUCGACCGUCUGCAGCCCGGCGCGGCGGCGUCCGCCUGGAGCCCGGUGGACGGAUAUCUGGUGGCCGCCACGGCCCGAGACUGUUCAGUGUUCGUCACGUUCCGCCGUUCCGGAAGUCCGUCGGCCACGGCGGUACGCGUCAAGGUGUCCGAUCUAGACCCGAAACCGUUGUCGACCGUCGACAAACACCGGAUCCGCGACGCAAACGUUUCGACGGCCUGCCAACGAUACUCGGUCGGAUGGCGACUGUAACGACAUUGCCGUUGACUGCGACGGCGGCGUGUCGUGGCCUCGCGUCGACGAUGAAGCGGAAUGUGGGGUGUUGCGCGAGUGCGAUUAUUAUGUGUUGUUUUACCUCUUGGGCGUGUGUUGUAUAAUAUUGUAUUAAUCUAUGUAACGACGAUGAUAUUAUAUCAAAUAAAUGCCGCGUUUAUCACGAAAUAACGUAUUGGUUUAUGCUGCGCAUAGGUGCCCCGAUUUACGUAUCGUUCGAUAAGAGUUAUGCGUGUAGUCCUUGACUUGUUUUCUCGAUGAAGUCCCGUGUCCUGUUGGAGUGUCGGCUGUUCUCGAAUUGUCGCCGGUAAGACAGGGCUGAGCACGUGUUGGGCCGUGGGUUAUACCGGUAACAGUAACGGAAGGCUAAGCAUUAAAUGUGUGUAGUAACACGAGGCCUGGUAAAGCUGGGUGCCAAUAACUGGGAAACUAUUACGUGGACCCUCUUAUUGCGUAGACGUUGCGGUGUAAGUGUCAAACUGUUAUUGCGAGGAACCUAAUUUGAAAAAUCACACAAAUAUUAUAUUAUUAUAUGUUAUCCAGU